ACUGGAACAUUGUGCUCGCAGUUGUACGCGCUAGGUAAGACAGCCAGUAUGGCGGAAGAAGACAGUGAAGUGGAGUUGGACAGGUUAAAAGAAGAACUGGAUAGCGUACUGAUUGAUAGCUUAAGCGACGAACAUGGACACAUAAGCAAGUCAUACUGUGCAAAGUUCUGUAAGUUGGUAGAGGAACAUACGGGGCGAUGGCAGGUUCCUCUGCCUCAGCUGCUGGUUCUCCGACGGGCCCUGUGCUCCUUCGUGAGUGGAACGUCCUCCUUCCCUCCGGAUUGCGAACAUGUGCACUACGCUCUCAGCAGCCUGGCCUUGAGCAUCUUUGAGCUGCUCCUCUUCUUUGACAGAGAAGAGUUCCAGGAGGACCCCUUAAAGGAGAUCCUUGACUCCAUUCAGGAGUGCCAGACAUGUUUGGGUCGGCACCAGAACGAGUACCUGUGGCAGGUGAGCCAGGUCAUCAGGGAGGGGGGGCCCUGGGCAGGCACCGUGCUGCAGGGCAUACUCAGUGGAGCACCGCUGCCUCCAGACCAGGUGAGUCGGUACCUGGGCUCGGAGGCGUGCAUGUUCCUGGAGCUGCGUGUGCGCUACCUGCUGGUGUGUGAGCGCGUGGAGGAGGCCAUGGUGCUGACCCGCGCCUGCAGCCAGCACCCCUCCGCCGGGAAACACCUGUACUUCCUACAGGCCUACCUCACCUGCCUCUGGAGGACCGCCCUGCACGAACGCUUCUACUCAAAGAUGUCUGUGAUAGAUGGCAGGGAUGCGGUGGAGAUGAUCUGUAACUGCGAGGCGGAGGAGAACGACGACCUGCUGCUCAGCCUCAGCAGAGGGUUCCUCAGCCAACAGCUACGCACAGGAGACAUGUACUACCUAUGGGACCUGGUGUUUGUAUGGAGUAAGCUACAGCUGAGGACCAACACGUCCACGGAAGACUUCCUGCAAGAGUGCAACCAGCUCCUGCUCUCCGCCAGCAACGAACACGCCGUCUUCCCCUUCAUCAAGGUCAUCCUAGCAGAGGCAGGGAAGCGUGGCCUGAAGUUCUGCGUGGAGCUGUGUGCGCGGGGGCUGCAGUGUGACACCGACGGCCUCCUCCAGGGUGGCGACGUGGUCACCAAGGCCCUGCUGUGCAAGACCAUCGCCUACCUGCUGCCCUCCGACCUGGAGGUCUGCCGCAUCUGUGCACUGCUCGUCUUCUUCCUGGAACGCACUGUGGAGAACUACAAGACGGUGGCGCUGCUCUACACGCACCCGGACCAGGAGUACCCGCUGGACGCCAGCCCCGUGGGCAACGCCGUGCGCUUCGAGGUGCUCCAGAUCCUCAAGAAGGGGCUUCAGUUCGACCCCGAGUUCUGGAACCUCAUCACGCUGCGCUCCCAGUGCCGGCGGCUCCUCGGCGGCCCGCUGCAGAAGGACGAGCUGUCGGCGGUGGAGGAGCCGUGGGCCCAGGCGUGCUGCGUACGCGAGCCCGGUGACGCCUGCAACUGCGACGACCCGCCCGCUGUCACCAACUACACCCCCACAACCCCCGUCCCUGCCACCCUUACUACGCCACCUCGGCCUUUGCCCACCACCACAGAGCCGAAAAGACCACCGUCGGUCACCACCACCACCACCACCACCACGACACACACUGUAGGAGGAGAUCCGUCCUUCCCCCUGGCGAAGCGAAGGGGCAGGAAGCCCGGCGUGAAGCUGAACAAGCCGGACAUCUUGCCGCCGUCCCUGCGCCGCUCCUUCCGGCAGCUGGACGUGGCGCAGCAGAACGUGACGCGCUAUCAGUAUCAGCACCUGAUGAUGGGCGGCCCGGCGUCGCGGCAGCAGCGGCUCCUCUCGCGGACUCGCGCGGCCGAGCUGCGCUGCGGCUGGAAGCGGCGGGGGCGGAAACCCCGUUGGCUCCUGGAGGAAGAGGCGGCCGCGGCGGCGGCGGAGGAGCAGGCAGAGAACAGCGCCCCCUCCAGGACGCCCAGGAAGAGGAAGCCCCCGCAGGCGCGGACGCCGACCAGCCCUGGGACUGGGGGGAGGACGCCACACGAGCGGCCCCGUACCACGCGGACUACGUUAUCCCCUCUCGUGGAGGGAGUGGGAGAUUGUUCGGCUCCCGUUGUGCACAGGGAGGUCCUGGAGUUCUCGCUGCCUGAUAACGAGGUGGUGUUGGAGAUGGAGGUGGAGGUGGAGUUGGAGAUGACUGCAGAAGAAGAGUCAGAUGAGACAUCGUCAGAGUCAUCAUCAUCAUCAUCAUCAUCAGGUGCAGCGUCAUCAGCAACAGAAGCAGCAUCAUCAACAUCGCCAUCGCCAUCGCUGCCUGAGCCCACACCCAUAGUCCCUGACCACGUCACCACAGCUAGACCGGGCUACAAAGUCUCUAAUCCUGCUGCAGGGGCACCCGACACCAACACUUUACUUAAGGACUUACUUAAGGACUCCAAAAAGGUUUCUAUCCCGCCACCACCUGCAAAGCCGCCACCCAAGAGUAAGAGAGACCGAGUUUGGAAGAUGCUGGAAAACGCAACCGAAGGCUGGGUUCCCAACACCAUUGCGGUCUUUUACGUUAGACAGUUUCACAGCUACUCUCGUGCGCACGAGGAGCAAGGCAUACAGCUGGACGCGGAGAAGGAGGCGGGAGCGGUGGAGACCUUGGACCUGGCGUUGCCAGAUGCAGCAGCCAAUUCAACCCAGAAACACACAGAGCCUCAGGUGCAGGAUCAGGCCAUGGAGGUGGAAGUUGUCGCCGCCUCCAAACCACAAGGUGGUGUUGCUGGGCAACCAGAGAAGAACACACCGCUAGACAUAAGAUUGUCAACUGAACUCAGCAGUUCUGAAACUGUAAGAUCCUCAGGCGAACCAAUCAAUACUCCUCAGUCCACCACAGCCCUCAAUCGCAACACUCCCAGUAGCAGCAGUAGUGCUCCUACAGAUCCCAGUGCGCCUGUUGGCAGCAGCAGCGAGAUGGCUGCAGAUCCUGGAGGUCCGGUGUCCCUCUUGGACAAGUCCAAGACCCCCCACCUCAGCCCAGCAGUGGCGUGCGAAGCCCCCCCAAGGGCCGGAGAAGCUGCAUCGAUCACAGACACGAUCCGGCCAACUUCUGCAGCAGCUGCAGCUCACGGCGCAACGGAGGGAAACCUUCCGACUUCCCCAGACAGGCCUAGCAGGACAGACCAGGUCCAGCCGACCUCUCCUGACAGACCUGCCCUAAGGACGUCCCACAGCUCGCCCAUCAAGACAGUGCCUGUCCUUAAUCUGGGUGCCGCGCAAUCAGAGUUGCCACCACCUGAAGAGGUACAGGCUGUGGCAUCUGUCCCUGGCGCCACACAAAAUGGAGUGCCACCCCUUUCGCCUCCUGGUCGUCCUGUGACCACGCCCAGUGCACGCAGUCCUAUUGUGACAUCACCCACUGGAGUGCUCCUUUCUUCUCUUGAACGUCCCGUGACGUCACCCAACCGUGCGCCCCAAUCGUCCCCUCUGCGUCCCAAUGUAACGUCACCUAAUGGAGUGCUCGCCUCGUCCCCUCUGCGUCCUAUUGUGACGUCACCCAGUGGAGUGCCCCUCUCUUCUCCUGAGCGUCCAGUCAUGUCACCCAAUGGAGCAACCGUCUCUUCCCCUGUGCGUCCUGUCGCGAUGUCACCCAGUGCACCUGGUGUGGGAUCAGAUGGGGCGCCUCCCCCACUAUCUCUCAAGUCUGAGGUGUCUCCUUCCAGGCGGUCGGUCUCUGACACCUCACCUUUGAAGGUGCAGUCAUCUUCUCAGGUCACACCGCCCAAACUCUUGCCAGAAUCCUUGUCAGUACCUGAACUCUGUCCCAAAUCGGUGCCCAGUGAGGGCUCUCCAGCAAGGCAUCGUCCUACACUAAAGCCUCCCGCACUGGAGGUCACAGCCCCACAAAACACUCCAGCGCUACCUGAGCCUAGCCUCCCACCAUGCCUCACACCUGAACACACACCAUCUCACACGACACACUCAGAGAGAAUACAAGUCCAACACGAACCACCAGCGUUAAUCCCACAGACACACACAACGCCCGAGAAAAUGCAUCGUUUGGAACCACCAUCGUUGGUGUCACAGAAACUCCUGAAAUCUCCUGAAAGGAUGCAAGACCAACAAAUACCACCGGCUUUAUCCCCACAGAACAACCACACACCGUCUCACACAGCCUCGCAAGUACACACACCGCCAUCACUCGAACGCCAACUGACGACGUCUGAGAAUGCACUACAGGGCAAUGCAUCCCCUCUUUUGCCCGUGGCCCAAGUAACUCCAUUUGCCACUCCUGUGUCAACAGAGUCAGAGUCGCUGUCGUGUCAGGCCACCCCUGCGUCCGACUUGCCGGCCGAGCCUCCCGUGCUGGAGCACAAGUGCCGCCUCUGUGGCAAGGUGUUCAGGGGCGGCAACGUCCUGCGCCACGCCAACGCCCACUUCCGCGGAAGUUUGCAGUAUUCUCCGGGCCUGUGCAUGUUCUGCGAUUGCCAGCCCAGCGACCCGGUCGAAGCCUACGAGCACUUCCAACGGCACAUCGAGAAGCUUCGAGCAGAGCUGCCCCCUGCACCCAUGCCGCCCAGCGUGGUCGUGGCAACACGGCAGCAGAAUGGCCGCGCCCUCACACCCCUGCAUGCGCCAGUGGGGAACCCCAGAGUAAGGAAGAAAAAGAAGAAGAGGGACUUAUGGUGGCUGCACAAAAAGAAGAUCCCAGAAGUGCUGGAGUUAUCGUCAUCCCACACUGGGGGAGGUGAAGCUGAAGGGGGAGGUGAACGGGGAGGUGAAGGGGGAGGUGGAGCUGCAGGUGAGGCAUCAUCAACACCCGCUGGGCAAAUACACAGUGAGGGGGCAUCACUUCCGGCUGCGCAAAUACACUGUGAGCAACAGCAUCAACCUCCACACAGGCCCAACGGGACAUUCAAAGUAAAGAAGCGGCGCAGAAGACGGCGGGCAGAAGAGGACUUGGAGGAUUACUCGGAGCCACGGGUGAAGAGGCUGAGGAGAGCGAAGGCUAGACUUGGAGAGGGGAGGGACGAGGUGAGGAGCAAGCGUCUCCGAGCCCUUGCCUUGGCCCAGGCCCAGGCCCAAGCUCAGGCUCGAUCCCCGGCCCAGAGCACCGGGGUGGAUCAGGGGGAUCGGACUCCGAAGCCGGCCUCUGGAGACCAGCAGCAGGCCCCAUCCGCAGCCAGGCCCAAGAACAAAGUCCACAAAGUUCACAGAGUCCACAAGUCGAACAAGGUCCACAAAGCACACAAGGUCCGGAGGAAGGCAGAAGCGGCGCCCAGCGUGGGGAAGGAAGUUGCGAGAGCGCCGCAAGAGGCUGGACCUGGUGGCGUACAGGCGACGGGUGAAACGACCGAGGACGGGGCAGCUGGGAAGGAUGCUGUAGAGGCGGGUGACCUGGCAUACCAGCAAGCUGCACAGCAGCUAGCUGAUGCAGCAAGCCAGGUGGCAGGUACAGAAAGCCAGGAGGAGGCCUCCAAAAAUGUGGUUACCAAGGCAAUGCAAAGGGCUAAAGAGAUGGGCGACCUGGUCCGAAAAAUGCGUGAACUGGGAACGCUGAAGCCCAAAAAGAAGGUGGGUGAAACGGCAAAGCACAAGCCCAAGAAAACGGGCGAUGCGCCAAGUCAAAAGACCCAAAAAGCACUGAAGACAGCAAGCCUAAAGACUGAACAGCCGCAGGGUGAAGCGGAAAUCCAGAAGGACGCCGUACAGGCAGGUGAAGCGGAAAACCAGCAGCAGGCCGUACAGGAAGGUGAAACGGCAGGCAAGCAGAGCAGCACACCAGUUAAGGUGGAGGAGACUGUUCAAUGUUCCGUGGAGGGUUGUGACGCCAUGCUAAGAGCUCGGAGCACAACGAUCCUGGGUCACCUGCUGGACUGUCACCCCGACAACCGGGCGGCCCUCGAGGCGCUCUACGAGUCCAAGGUCUCCCAGGGCCGCUGCGGGUUCUGCAUGCGUCGCUUCCACACCCCGCGGCACUUUGCCGACCACGCGCCGCGCCACAGCGACUGCACCCUGCGCCACCCGUGCCAGCAUCAGGGCUGCACGGAGGCCUUCCGCUUCCUGUCGUCCGUGCGCGAGCACAUGAAGAAGAGCCACCCGCAGCUGCAAAUCACCUGCUGUUUUGCCGGUUGCCAGGUGACGACCGACAGCAACAACAAUCUGCAUCGCCACGAGCGGAGGCAUUACGUCGUCGCCCCCCCGCGGCCCAAACCUCCGCCCAGACCCCGUCACAGACCGUUGCAGAGACCGGCGCCCUCGCUCAACAGCCCCCCUUCCAAUGGAGAGUUGCAGCCUAAUCCUCAGACUCCGCUCACCUCUCCCUCGUCUAUACCCUCCUCAACUCCUCCUCCUGCUGCUACUCUCACGCCCGUUCACCCGCCCCCUCAGCCGAGCACAAAGAGACCUUAUCAGAAGCAACCCAAACCCGACCCUGAUGACGUGGACCUGAGACCCAGGACGCAAUGCUCUGACUUUGCGGUGCGGGACCCUGCUGGCAGGAUAUCGGACGAGCUGGCAGCUCAUCACGCUCUCGCCCUCGCCUUCGAAGGCGGCUUGGUGAACGGGCACGGGGGUGACGAGGCGGCGGCCACGGCCACGGAAGAGAACCAGCCGGACACACGCGUGUACGGGAGCACGAGUGCCAAGCCCUACAUGCGGCCCCUGCCCUGCUCCUACCUGGACGAGCGGUACACCAGCAUGCCCAAACGCAAGAAGGAGGAGGAGGCGGCGGCGGUCGUGACGAGUAGGCCGACGGUGAUGCCCGUCGUGGCGGAGGCGUCUAGCGAUAUCAGCGCCAAAAGGAAGCGGUGCUCACGGUGCUUCGCCUCCCUCCCCAGCUCACAGGAGCUGGAGGAACACCUCAAGAACUGCUCCACACUCUUCGGGUUCGACUCUGACGACGAAGGAGGCUUUUGAGAAGAAAAGCUGUGUGGACUGGACGCUGUGACCUCUGACCUCUGUUGGACAGGUGGCUUUUGAGAAGAAAAGCUGUGCGGCUGUGUACGCUGUGUUGGCUGCUGGGAGGAGGCGUAUGAGGGAUAUACCCAAGGAAGGACCCUGUGGGAACGCCUGUUUAAAUAUCUCCAAGCCCCAUUGGCAGUGGUCCAGUGACCUGACUCUAUUUAAAGAGGGAGAGGAGAGGAAGGGAAGCCAAGUGGCAUGUCUAGCAGACACUGAAUAUACUGGGUACAUUCCAAUAUGCGACCUUGCCUCCUCCACUUGUGCUUGUGGCCUCGCGUUUUGCUGAUGCCCUGCCUCCGUGGAGAAAACAAUAACGUUUCCCUGCUGUCUGCCUAGCCACAACAACUUUUGAGGGACUUCUUUUCAUUCACCAUCCUAGUUGCAAAACAGAAAAUUAUAUUGGAUUUGCCCUUUUGCAAGAUAUUGAAUUAACUUUCUGUCGUCAGUGACAUCAUCAUGAGGUCACAAGCAGGCAAGGGAGGACUGAAGUCUGCAUAUUGGAAUCCACCCACUGAAUAUACUGACUACAGGUUGGGCCAUGUGAUGCCUUCCAUAGCAACAACUCUCCCUGAUUGACUCCAUAGCAACAUGGUUCCCUGACUGACAUUAUUGAGUAAUGGUCACCCUGGACCACCCUGAAUGACAUCACCCUCCUCAUCAUGACUGAAUCGCAGUAUUUCAACAGAUGGACUGUACUGUGCCUCUCGUACAGACUCAGUUGGUGGCUUGGUAAUUGGCUUUGAUUUUCAGACAGAUCACUAUGGCAUUUUACUUGUUUUUGUUUUUGAAUAUGAAGUAGACAGGCCUGGCCCAAACUCUCCACAUUCAGCCUCUAUACAGAUACACACAUACUAAUUAUGAGACCUAGAUAGAUAUGUCACAGUAAAUCAUGAGUCCACCCUCCAACCCAACUCACCCCCGCCACAGUCCAAUAA